AUGGCUGAGGGGGCCCAGCCCAGAGGAGAAUCCCAAGGCGCAGAAAUUACGAUCCAAAUCCAAGAGCCUGCAGAGAGAACACCGGGAACACCGUCCAGGAAGGGCCCGCGCUCGGUGCUCAGGGUGUCCCAGCUACUGCUCAGGGCGAUCGCUGACCAGCCUCGGCUGACUCUGGCAGAGCUCAAGAAGGAGCUGGGAAAUGCUGGCUAUGAAGUGCGCCGGAAGAUCAAAGGAGACAACGGGGACUCUACCAGGUCUGAGAGAGGUACACUGCUGCGGGUCAGUGGCAGCGAUGCCACAGGCUACUUCAGGGUCUGGAAGGCUCCUAAAUCUAGGAGAAAGGUGGGCCGACGCUCUUCAAGGAAGACCCUGCUCCAAUCCCGAUCCCGACCCCAAUCUCGAUCACCAAGACCAUGCAGACCCGGCUCGCGUCGCAAGGCAGCCAAGAAGGCCAGAGAAUUCUGGAGACACAAGUCUAGGACUUUGAAGGCAAAGUCCAGGAUAACCAGAUCAAUGGUCAGGACAAGAGUCAGGUCAAGGGCAAGGGCAAGGGCGAGGUCAAGGGGGAGGUCAAGAGCAAGGUCUAGAGCCAUGGACCAGGUGUGUGCCAGGGCCCAGGAACAGGCUUGUGCCAGGGGCAAGGAACAGGCUCGUGCUAGGACCAGGACACAGGAGUGUGUCCAGAGCAGGGAGCAGGAGUGCACCAACGCCAGAGAAGAGGCACAUAUGGGAGCCAGGAUGCAAACCAGGGCCAGGGCAACGGAAAACAUCAGAGCAGGACCUUCAAGAGAAGACAGCAGGUCUCCAUCUAAAAAUGAGAGCAGGUCAAACUCGAAAUCCAGGAACGAGAAGAGGCAGGAACCUGAGAGGCUGGUAAAACGAACCAUCCAGAAACCAGCUGUGGCCAAAGCUGUCAGUGGUUCCAGCCAACAAGGAAAAGCAGGCACCAAGGCUUCUGCGAAAAGCGAACGUCCUGGGUGCUCGAGGAAUCCUUAA